UCCCCCGGGCGUGAGGGAGGACGAACUCGCGGCGGCGGAGUCCCCUCAGACUGGGAUGGUGAAUAACACUGAAGACCCCCAAGAGGCUUUAUAACGUCCCAUCCCCAUGUAAAGUAUGCUCAGAACUUUUCCAGUAGUUCUGCUGGAAACCAUGUCUCACUACACAGACGAACCAAGAUUUACCAUAGAGCAGAUAGACCUGCUUCAGCGCCUGAGACGUACAGGAAUGACCAGACAUGAAAUCCUUCACGCGCUGGAAACCUUGGAUCGUCUUGAUCAAGAGCAUAGCGACAAAUUUGGAAGGAGGUCUAGCUAUGGAGGCGGUUCCUACAGCAACAGCACCAACAAUGUCCCAGCAUCUUCCUCUACAGCCACAGCUUCAACACAGACCCAGCAUUCUGGGAUGUCCCCAUCACCAAGCAACAGUUACGACACCUCCCCACAGCCUUGCACUACUAAUCAGAAUGGGAGGGAGAGUAACGAGAGGUUGUCUGCGUUCAACGGGAAGAUGUCACCUACCCGCUACCCGCUUGCAAACAGCUUGGCUCAAAGGUCGUACAGCUUUGAAGCUUCGGAAGAGGACUUGGACAUUGAUGACAAAGUGGAAGAGCUGAUGAGGAGGGACAGCAGUGUGAUAAAGGAGGAAAUCAAAGCCUUCCUAGCCAAUCGGAGAAUUUCCCAAGCAGUUGUUGCACAGGUAACAGGUAUCAGUCAGAGCCGGAUCUCCCAUUGGCUGUUGCAGCAGGGGUCGGACCUGAGUGAACAAAAGAAAAGGGCAUUUUACAGAUGGUACCAGCUUGAGAAGACAAAUCCUGGGGCUACGUUAAGCAUGCGACCCGCUCCUAUCCCGAUAGAAGAGCCAGAAUGGAGACAGACGCCUCCCCCAGUCACAGCUACCUCGGGGACCUUCAGACUACGGCGAGGCAGUCGGUUCACGUGGAGGAAGGAGUGCCUGGCUGUUAUGGAAAGUUACUUCAAUGAGAAUCAAUAUCCUGACGAGGCAAAGAGAGAAGAAAUUGCAAACGCCUGUAAUGCAGUUAUACAAAAGCCAGGAAAAAAGUUAUCGGAUUUGGAGCGAGUUACCUCCCUUAAAGUGUACAACUGGUUUGCCAACAGAAGAAAGGAAAUCAAGAGACGAGCCAAUAUCGAAGCAGCAAUCCUGGAGAGCCAUGGAAUAGAUGUACAGAGUCCGGGAGGUCAUUCCAACAGCGACGACGUUGAUGGCAAUGACUAUUCAGAGCAGGACACUUGGCAAGUACGCAAUGGGGAGGAGGAGGGAAGAUGUUCAGAGGGAGGCAGAGAAGCAGAGAAGGUAGAAGAAGACAGGAGGAUCUGCUCCAAACAAGCAAGUUACACCAUUCACGCCACACGCAAUGAUGACAGCACUAGCCAUAGUGACCACCAAGACCCCAUCUCGUUAGCCGUGGAAAUGGCAGCGGUAAACCACACCAUCUUGGCAUUGGCCCGGCAAGGAGCCAACGAGAUCAAGACAGAGGCUCUAGACGACGACUGAUACGAAGAAGGGGGAGGGUCAGAGCGAGAAGUAACUUAGUUUUAGACGUAGCACCUUAGCAGACUUUCCUCGGUCCUUAAUAUGUGUUCUUACAGUAUAACUUUGCAGUUUCUUGUACGUCAGUUAGCUGUUAGGGUCUUGUUCUGUGAAGAUGGCAUGGUGCCCUCAGCCUUUGCAUAUACUCUCUCAGUAUUAAUUCCCAAUAAAUAAUCAAUCAACCAACCAACCUCCCUCUCCCAGCCCCAGUGGCUAGAAAAAUCUUGCUGCUCUGUCUUAGCAUUCAAAGUGCUUCCAGGUAUUUUAGACAGUCCUCAAUUACAAGUCUUAGGCUACACUUAAAAUCUUGGAUACCCUUAGAGAUUGUGUAAAAAUAGUCUGUAUGCUUUUCCUUCUCUGAGACUGAAAGGAUGCAAGCUGAGGUAGUGGCACAGGGUCGAUGGACACCAGAUUGGGAUUAUCAACAGAGAGUAAAAAGAACACUAGAAACCCCACUUCAGCAUGGGAAUAAAUGAUUUCCAGCUGCAAUAAGCUGUGCCUCACUGGUCAUACAGUGACUUGAUAUACUUUUGGGUGCUGUGCUGAGAAUGUCCAUUGGAAACACAUUCACAUAUUUUGGUUGAUGUUCACAUAUUCAACACAGACAUCCUCUGCUCUCACAAGCUGCGUGGCUUAGUGGAUAAGUACUGCCUUCUGCCUCUGGGACCAUGAUUGAAGCCCAGCCUGGGAUCAUAUGAAAAAUGAGCUGAAUGUCUAAUGGACAACAGUCCACUCCUCAAAACCACUAUUCAUUAUUUGGCAUGGCUAGCAGUGCCUGCUCAGAAGAGGUCUAGACUCUAUUGAUCUGUCACUAACAAGUUCACGUUUUAUUCUCCCUCUCACCUUUUCUGUCCCCGCCCUACUCCCCUCUCCACUUUGCCACUUUCAAAAGCAAUGUUUUCCAGGAAGGUAUUAAGGUCAUGACAUGGGUGAGUGAAUUUUUACACGUCUGUGUAAUUAAUGCCUACACCCCAACUAGCCUGAAGGGUUAUUGGAGAACUUUUGCAUCUGACCUUUGCUAGUUAACCAUCAUAGCGUAAAUAUUCUCCUAAAUAUGAACUUUUGUAUUUGCUUAAAGGCAGGAGGAUCUCUUACCUGAGAAAUGGGGUGUGAAUGUUUUGUGUUCUCUUUACUCUGUCCUUGUUAAGAUGUGAGAAAGCUAUACUGCUACGAGCAAUUUAAUUAAUAAUUGGAAGCCAUACUGAUAAUGGAUGUGGUAAUAUUUGUAAAGCAAACCUACUUUAAGUAGCAGAAACUAAUGGAAUUGUUUUCCUUGAUCAUAUGUAGCACUUUUGUUACUUUUUUCUUAAAGAUAUUUAUAUUUGAUAAGUCUUUUUUUUAUCAUUUGAGAAUUCAAAAUGCCAAACAGCAAACUUGCAUUACAGAGUCACCCUGCGAUCACCUUGUCAUCUAGUAUCUAAAUGAUGAACUGUGUGUGCAUCUAAGAAAAUUACAUCUGCUGGCAUUGUGUGGAAAUGAUCUCCUGGCAUCCUGAUAAAAUGAUAUGUUGCUGCCGGUAAGAGGAAACAUUUCAAUGGAAACAGCACGGGAAGUGUUAGAGACGGGCAGGACUGUGUUAAGUUUAAAAAAGAAAAAAAAAAAAAAAAAAGAUGUAAAUUUUUCUAUAUAGAUAUAUAAAAACUUGCAUAGUGUUUCCACAACAUUCCAUUUUUUACGUUUACGUGGGAAUAGCUUAAGAGGGGAAAAGAGCUUAAUUUUGAAGGAUGGUCUUCCUUCUUCUCUCAUCCACUUCUGAAGGUGGAGGGGAUGAAGGGAAGUUGCAAUUACUUGGUUUGUUCUCAUCCUCCCUCCCUUCCUCAUGCAUAACUCUCCGAUAGCAUUGUGAAUUCCUAAAAUGUGGUUCCUCAGCAGGUUUUUAGGCAGCCUAAACCCCUUCAAGGUGUAGGCUAACUAGAUCAUCUUUACAUCUGUUAAUCUCGCAAAAAAAUGCUUAGGUAAGUGUGGAGGAGAUUUUGUGCUUUCAGAGGGCACAGAGUUGGCACCUCUUUGUCUCUGCAACUUCGAAGAUAAAUAGGUAGAGCUUGGCCUCGUCUUUCAUUUAUGGAUUUCAUUGGAAAAUUUAUGUGCUUUCCUUAGGUAUAGAUCACUGAAGCAGAAUGAAGCCGUCUUUUUCUGUUUUAUUGCAGUUCUUGAGUAGGCAAAUUCGUAAGUAGCAUCAGGGCAGACUCAGGAAAAAAAAGAAUUGGAUCAGCUACCAUUGCACCAUUGCAGUUUUUUACUUAGCGCGCGUAUGAAUGUUUUGGUACUAAGGAGUGGAAGGACGUGAGGAGAGCUUUUCUUUCUAUUUUUUUGCACAGCAGAAUGAUUGAGCAAACUAUAGCCUUAGUGGAAUUUUACCUUCUUAUUCAUACUACAGUCACACACCAAGCUGACAAGCAACAUCCACGAUUUAUAGUAAGGAGAUUUUAAUAAUCGAUGGCCUCUUUAUGUUGGGAUUGCCACCACCAUUUGUUCUGGCUGUUUCAUUUUAAAAAGAACAGACUCAAACUGUUGGACAGCUGCAAUUUUAAAAGAAAUAUUGCUUACUAUAGCAUCUUAAAAAAAAAAGUCAUUGUUUCAAGCACUGCCUUUUUAAAGCAAUAGGAAAGAAUAAAAAUAGUACUAAAACAUCCAUGUCCUGAUUGUUGGUCCAUGUGAUGCAGGAUCAAAGUAAAACCAGUAAAACUGUAUGUCUGUACCAUCUGAUGUAGAGUAAUCUGGCCUUAAUUCUGUCUGUCAGUGUCAGGUAGCUGCUGGUCUCAUCAUGCAUCGAUAUCCAGUGUGAAGGUUAAACAGAUAAACCACUUGUGAACAAUUGGAGAUUGCCAGGUUCUCCUUGUCUGUGGCUUCCAGGUAAAUAUCAGUUUGCUGCUCUCUCCCAGCAUCUUCUCGCCAGAGGAAAUAACAAAUGACUUAAUUAGGCAAUCAGUUGUCCUAAAAAAAAAAAAAAUUUAAAAGACUUCCAUGGCAUGUUUCGUUUUUUUCACCUUGGUUUGCACCUGUCUGCAAAAGGUACGAGGAAAGAGUAAGACAUCAGGAUGCUUACGGCAGCCUGUUUCUUUUAUUCUGAAAGCUCAUAACGGACAAUUUGCAGUUGACUAAAUACUUUCUGGUUUGACGUGAAUUAGCCUAAAUGGAACAGAUGCUGGUGUGAUGAUUUCAGGAGAACUGCUCCUAGAUUAGAGCUAGAGUAAUUGGGAGAACUGGUGGAGGAAGCAUCCCGGGGUUUAGACUAUGUUCUAGGUUUUCUGCUGUAGUAUGGGAAGUUGUCUUUGUCAUUCUGGAUUUGGAUUUUCUUGAUAACUGAGCCUGUUUAGUAUUUUGUCUGUUUGUUUUGUAGCAUUGCAAUUCACUGGCAGUUUGUUGUAGCCAACCAAGAAUUACUGCAGUUCGUUCUCACGUGGAUUCCCUUGGAAUGGAUCUGGUGGCAGGCUAGAUCUACCUUUUUGUUCUGUGAAUAGAGAAGAAAUCUUUCAAGAUGCUUCUUUUCUGUGAUGGGCACAGAUUGCUUUUAACUUUGUAGGGUAAAUUUUGGCUGUUAUUUUGUGGCCGAUAAAAGUCCUUAUACUUGAGUUGUCUCUAACAGUCUUCUUAAAACAACGAUUUCUACCUCUACUUCUUUUUUUGGUUUUGUUUUGAAUUCUCCAUGUCUUUUUCCUGAAGUAUGAGAUCCCAGAUACUUAAAAAAGCAGGAUGAGUUGGAAAAAAAUAACGACGACAAAAAAAAUAGGAGCAAGCAGACAUAUUAUCCAUUGAUGCCCUAGAGUUGUAGAGCCAUCUAAUACACUAUCAGCACAGAUAUUGGUACAGCAUGAUCCCAUUACUCAUACGUUGGACAUGAACAAGUUGGUCGUGAGUCAGCAGCGUGCCUUUGCAGCAAUUAAGGACUCUCAUUAGGAAGAGCUGUCAGCAGGUCAAGGAAAUUCAUUAGGCCCUUCUGUUCAUCACUUGGGAGAGCACAUCUGGAGUGUCGUGUCCAGUUUUGGACAGGAGUGAGUCCAUCGUAGGGCUGCUGAGAUAUGAGGGCCAGAGAACAGGUCACGUAAUGAGUGUUGAGGGAGCUUUUUUUUUUUUUUUUCACGCUGGUCUUGGGAGAUCUUCUUUUGCUCUUCAGCUGUCUUAAUGGGUAGUUUUAGAGAUGACAGAGGCACGUAGCAAAAAUAUUAGGGACAGUGUGUUCAGUUUGCAAUCAGGAGAAUCCCAGAUAAGUAUAAAGAGAAAUAUUUUCACACUGAGAGUGCUAGACCAGUGGCCCAGAAAGGCAGUGGAAACCACAUCCUUGGGGAUAUUCAAAACUCAACUGGACAAGAUUGGGGAUUGGAUUAGAGACUUCCAGGUCUCUUCUGCCCAAAUUUAUUCUAUGACUGUGUAAGCCUGCUCAGGUCAAGGAGUUUAAUCCAUAUGUGUUCACUUGUUUAAUGAAAUUCUGUUAGCUUGUUGUUUUUUUUAAUUCUUAUUUUUGUUUAUUUUGCCUAUUCAUAAAAAGUUAUCUCAUGUAUUCUAAUAGAGAUGAGCUUUAUUUGCAGGGUCUGGCUACAGGUUCUAAUCAAGUCAUAAAUCAAGUAAUAAAUGUCAUUAAUUAUUUGCUCUGUUUACACAGUUCUUCAGGGAUAUUUUAAUGAUUUUGUUUGUUUCAUUGGCUUACAUCAAACUGGUAAGUUCUCCAUGUUUUCGUAACACUUGCGCUGCAGGUUCCUUCUUGCCUUUGAGAGGAUUUUUCAUUGUCUUGCUGCUGUGAGUGUAGACUUGAAAAUUUUCACAUAGCUGAACAUAUUAGUGGAAAAAAAUGAUUUAACUUAAGCCCACUGGUGACUACUAUGAUAAGCUAGAAAUUUUUGGUUCAGUAGAUCUUUAAACGGUGAUUUUCGGAAGAUCUGGUAUGGUAGGUUAGAUCUUCUACACUUAGAGCCUCAUGUUAUUUCCUUAAGUGUUUGCUGUUGGCCACUGUUAGG